GCUGAUUAGGACUAACACAUCAUGGGCAGCAGGAGGGGAGAAGACCAGACACUCCUCUAGACUAGAAGAUUACUUCACCUUCUGCAUCUUGGGCAUCUUCUACCCUUCUACGCUGGACCAGUCUGCAAAGAAGAGACAAUGGCUUUUUAUCCCCUUCAGAUUGCUGGAUUGGUUCUUGGGUUCUUCGGCAUGGUUGGGACGAUUGGCACAACACUUCUGCCUCAGUGGAGAGUAUCGGCUUUCGUUGGCAGCAACAUUAUUAUCUUUGAGAGGAUCUGGGAAGGGCUUUGGAUGAACUGCAUCCAGCAAGCUAUGGUCACACUGCAGUGCAAAUUCUAUAACUCCAUUUUAGCUCUCCCACCAGUAUUGGAAGCUGCACGGGCACUCAUGUGUGUGGCUAUAGCUCUUUCCUUCAUUGCUCUCAUUAUUGGCAUCUGCGGCAUGAAACAGAUCCAGUGCACCGGCUCCAGUGAGAGGGUCAAAGCCUACUUGCUGGGAACCUCAGGAGUCCUCUUUAUUCUGACUGGUAUCUUCGUUCUGAUUCCAGUGUCCUGGACCGCCAAUAUCAUCAUUCGGGAUUUCUAUGACCCAACCAUCCACGUCGGUCAGAAGCGAGAGCUUGGAGGGGCGCUCUUCCUAGGCUGGGCGACUGCUGCUGUCCUCUUCAUUGCGGGGGGGCUGCUCUGUGGAUAUUGCUGUUGCAACAGAAAGGAGCAGUGGCACAGAUAUCCAGUGCCACCAUACCGUGUGCCACAAAAAGAUAACCAAAGGAAGGUGACAGUGCCUAGCAAAACCUCUACCAGCUAUGUGUAAGGCUUGCUUUCAACAUCAGCCCAUGGCUUACACUCAUGUGUUUUGUGGUCUUCCCAGAAACUGUGAGUACAUCGGGCAAGAGAACUACCUAUAGCAGAUUUAAAUUGAGAUGAAACUUUUGAUUUUUUUUAAACUGAGGCGGGAAUACAAAUGACUUAUUUGGACAUUCUGUUUUUCUGUGUAUUACCUGUGCUCACACUUGUCAGACUCAAUAUUUAUUCCAAUUUAUAUAGCCCAAUAUCAAGUAUAUUCUCAGUUAUUGACAUGCAAU